AUGGAAAUGACAUUGCGCAUACUGUUUUCUUCAUGCCGCACAGGCACUUUUGCAGCCAGACUUGGGCCUGUCCGUCCCUUCAGCCUUACCGUUCACAGAGGAGGCUACAAGUAUGUGAAUGCUGAAGAAUUGCCUUCUGACCUGAAGUCCAUCACAGACCGUGCAGCACAGACACUGCUGUUGACCGAACUGUGCAGAGGUUUGACCAUGGCCGUGAGUUACAUGUUUAGAGAACCAGCUACGAUCAACUACCCCUUUGAGAAAGGCCCUCUCUCUCCACGUUUUCGCGGUGAGCAUGCCCUACGCAGAUACCCAAACGGAGAGGAGCGCUGUAUCGCAUGCAAACUGUGUGAAGCUGUCUGUCCUGCUCAGGCCAUCACAAUAGAAGCAGAGACUCGUGUAGACGGCAGCAGAAGAACAACCCGUUAUGAUAUUGACAUGACCAAAUGCAUCUACUGUGGAUUCUGUCAGGAGGCCUGUCCUGUGGAUGCAAUCGUAGAGGGCCCUAAUUUUGAGUACUCCACUGAGACGCAUGAAGAGCUGCUGUAUAAUAAAGAGAAAUUGCUGAAUAAUGGAGAUCGAUGGGAGGUUGAAAUUGCUGCUAACAUCCAGGCGGAUUACCUGUACAGAUGAAC